CUAGAAACUGAGAGUGAGUGAAAAAGAAAAGAUUACGAGAAAAUGCCGCCGAAGUUAGACCCGUCUCAGAUCGUGGACGUCUACGUCCGAGUAACCGGAGGUGAGGUCGGAGCAGCGUCAUCACUCGCUCCAAAGAUCGGUCCACUCGGUCUCGCGCCAAAGAAGAUAGGAGAAGACAUAGCAAAAGAGACAGCUAAAGAAUGGAAAGGCUUAAGAGUCACAGUGAAGCUAACGGUCCAGAACCGUCAAGCUAAGGUCACAGUGGUUCCUUCAGCAGCGGCUUUGGUAAUCAAGGCGUUAAAGGAGCCAGAGAGAGAUAGGAAAAAGGUGAAGAACAUUAAACAUAAUGGGAACAUUUCGUUUGAUGAUGUGAUUGAGAUUGCUAAAAUCAUGAGGCCUAGAUCUAUUGCUAAGGAAUUGAGUGGAACUGUGAAGGAGAUUUUGGGAACUUGUGUGUCUGUUGGUUGUACUGUUGAUGGUAAAGAUCCUAAGGAUCUUCAGGAAGAGAUCAACAGUGGUGACAUUGAUGUUCCUAAUGAGUGAUUUUAAGGUUUUUUUUUUUUUGAGGAUUUUUGCGGUUUAGUAUAAUACUACUAUAUUGCAGUAUUGAGAAUUCUGAAAGAUUGAUUUGUGGCUUUUGCACAUUUGAGAAUCCUUUCUUGGGAUAUAUUAUAUUAGAAUGCUUUCAUUUCUUUAAUCUAUCAGUUUUGUUUUUGAAUGUUCAAAGAUGAUACUCAGUAACAUGAUUGAGUGGUUGUAAUGUGAUUUGAUUGGUAUU